CAUUAGCCAUUGCAGUGUUAAGUUCGGUCGGUUCGUGAAGUACUUGUGAAAAAAGUGAAAAUUAGUGAAAAAUUUGCCAACAAUCCUGGAAAAAACGUGAAAAACUUUACAUCUAGACUACGUAACCCCAACUGACACAGAAACGCAGGUGAGCGCAGUUUCCUUUGCCACAAUGGCGCAACCAGCUGCUGGCGAAUUUGAUGCCAGCACCCCGCCGGACGAGAACUUGUUCAUUAAUCCGACCGAUGGCCUACCGAACGACCAUCCGGCACUGCCUAGCGCAUACGACUCGGACAGCGAAACCAAUCCGGCGGACGACGAUCUGCUGGUUGACCUGCCGACGUCCAUUAUCGUUACCAACAUCCAUUCGGAGGUGUUUGCCAGUGAGGAGCUGAAGGCUCGCUUGGAGGAGCUGUUUAAAAACUUUUCCGAAAACACCACCUUCCAGUGGCUGAAAAGCUUCCGCCGACUGCGGGUCAAUUACGACACGGCAAUCGCUGCCGCGAAUGCUCGCAUCCGGCUGCAUCAGUAUCCGUUCGGGAAUUCAGUAAUCACGUGCUACCUGGCCCAACCGGUAACGCCGGUUUCGAACGUUAAUCUGAAACCUCCGGCACCGGUCAAGCAGUUCCUUAUCUCACCGCCUGCUUCUCCGCCAGCCGGUUGGGAACCGGCGGCGGAAAAUGAACCACUGAUUAACCAUGAUCUGCUCGCGGCGCUGGCAAGUUUGACUCCGGGCGAGAUACACGAGCUUCAUGCCCAAUCGGAUAAACAUCCGGGCAUUUAUGUGCACACGCCGCGGCUUAGUGAAGAGGACGAUGAGUUGAAUAACAAAUCCUCGGUUGGCAGCAGUUUCGAGGAGGACGAAGAUGGGAACAGUGUACCGCGGAAGGGUCGUAUCGUGCAGACACGCUGCCCGGAGCGACAGAAUUCGACCUAAUGUGGGGCACGAGCUGUGCCGCGUCGGGUGUUUUAGAUAAGCCGUGCUUUGUUAUGAGCUAAAAUUUGUUUUGUUUAGUUGUUCCGUGUGUUCACCUGCUACGUGCCGUGAGUUAGAUUGAGCAGAGGUCCAUUAGUUAGUGCAGUGUCGAUCGGUUUUUAAUAAUGUCUGCUCGAGAAGUAAAUUUUUAAUUCUAGUGGCGGUGAGCAAUGAGUAUUGUGUAUGUAAAUAAAUGUGUAAAUAUGAAUUGAAUUCAGUUGCCUGUUGUGCAUGUAUAUAUCUACUAAGUUUGGAACACCGAGAAUAUUAUGUUUUAUAAAAUUUGUACUGUUUUUUGUAUCUUUCUGCAGCUGAAAAGUCCAUUAAGGAAUGAAAAAUGGUAAAAGGGCACUGAGAUAGUAACAUUCACAACAUAUUCUUCAAAACUUUUGAAAACAACAACAAAACUAAGCAAAAUAUAGCAUAGUACAGAUGAUGGUCAAAAACUGGGCAAUCCAGAAACAAUAUGUUUUGAACUUUGCAAUGGAUAUUUUUUCGGAGACUGUUAGCAGGUCGUUUCAUGUCGGUAUUUUUUAAUUAUUUUUUCAAUAUUCCAAUGCAUUUAUAUCAUAUUUAUUACAUUUUCAAGUCUCCAUUUUUAAAUUCUGUAAUAUACAGUCUAGUUGUACCGUGAUGUCUGGAAAGGCAUUAGCGAUAAAAAACAACAAGGUCUGACUGUCACGAUGUUUUUCUUAUUCGAAAUAAAGUUCAAAGACAGUUUUGACUUUUAACCCUUAAAUGCAUGGAACUCAUUUUUCCUUGGUACUCAUUUUUCUGGUUGGAUUCAAUCUAUACCUCUUGUUAAGGCUUUAUAUCACGGUAUCCGGUAUGUUGCUAAAUCGUCGCUGUUGUGCUAUCUUAUGACAAGCGCCAUUUAGCACAUUUCGAGAAAAACGAUUUUUAAAGUUUGAGAUUGAAUAUCUUGAAACUUAUAAAUGGUAUAAAUAAUCCAAAGAAGACAAUUGAUGCUUCUAUCUGUUCUGCAUUAAUCUCUCAAAUAUUACGAAGAUCGGUUGACUAUGUUGCGAGUUUUUACUAUGAAUGUAAACAAAAGUCGCACUCACACGUGUCAUAGGCGUGUAUUGAUGACAAAAUUUGUAUGAUGUGUCAUAAUCGUGCAUGGAAAAUUUUCCAUAGAAAAAAAUCAUCACUUUUUAACUUUUAUUCAUAUUCUUGGGUUCAUAUGGUCUAUAAACAUUCGGUGAAAUGCAUUUUAAAGGAAAUGAGUCAGGGAAUCUAGAAAAAAUGGUUUUUCUCGAUUACAGUGUUGCCAAAUAUAUUUUAUUUCCAGUUCAAAAUUAAAACUGUGUUUUUCUCACAACUCGUAUAAUUUUCUUUCGAAAAUGUUUAUGCCAUUGUGUUCCUCAGACAUUUUCACACAUAAAACCGUCUAAAACUUCAAUAUAACUGAGCCAAUCCCAAGAUAUAGUGAUUUGAAGCAAAAAACUCACAAUUUCUUAUCAUGUUUCUAGCUAUAUCUAAGUAACCAAGCAGAAUUUCAAAAUUCUGAAAACGCCACUUUGUAGAGAUUUUUCAAACAAGUAAUGUGGCAUAUCUAACUCAGUUUACCCCAAAGUGGCGUUUGUCAUAAGAUAGCACAACAGCGACGAAAUGGCAACAGUAUGGGUUCAAGUUUAAUUUUGAAGAUCAGAAAAAAUAUUAGCGACCUUGGAACGUCAUUGAUUGCAUAGUAAACAUACCGCUAUGUUUUCCCGCGACAGAUUUUUUAUUUCGCGAAUUGUAAAAAAAUCAUGCCAUAUUUUAGGCGGUAAUUUCAACAUCAAUGUAAUCCGGAUGAAUGGCCUUGAAGGACCCCAACUAAACAAGCAGAUAAACUUCAAUGCAAUCAAUGACGUUUCGAAGUCGCCAAUGUUAUUUUCUUGGUUUUCAAAAUUAAAAUUUAAAAGUUAAAACAAGUAGGUUCAAAAUAAAAUAUGAAAAUUCAAAUUCUACAUACUUUGCAAUUUAUUCCCCAAAAAGAGCUUAUUUUUAGGCCUCGCGGUAGAGAACCCCAUUAACCAAUAAAAUUUUGAAUACCAAUCGGUUGAUUAGAUUUUAAUUUUUUUGUGGAAGUCAUUUAAAAAAUUGGUUCGAAUUCCAGUAUGGACAGCAAAAAGCCUCUUUGAAUUUCAAAUCGGGUUGUUAUACCUAAUCCAUAUGAGACACUUUCCUAUACGUCGUAAAAGUGCUGUACCUGAAUUGUCAACCUUAGACCGCCAUUAUCGCAACGAACAAUUCAUUAUUAUUAUUUGUAUGUAUGUAUUUGAAAAGUUUGGUUGAUUCACUUGUUAGAGGUUUGUUCGUUAGUGUCUAAAACUAACUAAAUGUCACGAUGUAAUGCUAACCACACAGGUUGACCCCAAGAACUGGUUUUGUUCGGGGUUUCCCCAUGGCUCUUUCUGAUGGAAUAUUGCGAUGUAUUGUGCAGGAGUAGUCUUACCAUGAACAUCGAUAAGUUUGCACCUAUGUACAAAAUUUCGUGCACGCGUUCAACCUCAAACUUGUUUUGCCUUUGUGGACAGGUUCGCCUCGAACACCGAAUCCAAGCAAACGAUGUGUAAACUUAGGUUUAAACACCGUGUACGUACACUGUGCGUACACAAGAAAGGCACACACAAAACAGAAUGAGUCAACACUAGUGAUGAUGAGUGAUAGAAAGAGAAAACUAGUGUCAAGAACCUGUGUGUACGAACACCGCGUACGUACAUGGGUUUCGGUUGUGUAGACGAACAUGUGUACGUGUUUUGGUACGCAUUGGCGCGUUCGAGUUUGCACACGAAAUGUGGAUUUAAGAUGAGCACAGAACUAGAGCGAACAUGGUGUUCGAUGUUCAUUUGGGAAGUCAGUACAGGAGCACUUAUUGUCGCGCUUGUAAUAAAAUCUCACAUUGCGCGCGUCUGAAAGGCGCAUCAAAUAUAGCAGCAGUUGCUCCGCCAGCCGAUUUCACUGGAGCCACUAGGCAAUGAGACAGUCGAACAUAACUGAACUGAAGGAGUGAUAAGAAGUCUCUAUUGCAAAUGAGGGUCUUCUCUUGCAUCGUUUGUUUAUUUUUCUACCUGCUGUGUGCUUUUCGAAAGCUGCACGGAAUAAGCUUCAUAUGAAUUCAUAUGGGCGGCUGUCACGCGCCUAUCUGAAUUGAGCUUUCAUAUAAUCGCAUAUCGAGCGAUUAUCCUGCAAGACACAGUAUCACAGUAUGUUGCGCAUUAUGCGAGCACCUCUCCUUUUCACCAUAUUGAUACUUUCUCGAUCUAUUAAACGACCUACACUGUCAUAUGUGUUAGUUGGUAACCGAGUGUUGGGCGGAAUGGAAUGGUACUAAAUGUGAAAUAAAUAUAAUAUUAUUUCUUUUAAACUCAUGUGAAUACUGUAUCAGGAAAAUUCAAAAGAUCUGUUUUAAUAAACAUAAUGAUUGUAAAAUGGUGUUAUAUAUGUAGAAAUGCCAUCCUGGUCAAUUGCGAAACGCAACAACAUUCCUCACGUGAUGGAAUUGGAUAUAGAUGCCUUCUAUGGAUCUAAUCAGCAUUUUCUCUCACAGUAAAUAUUUUCAUAUUUACGUACAGAUGCGCGAACCUUACAAUCGUCAAGAUCGAUCGCAUUGGUUUUAAGCUUCAAACAGUGUAGUGUUUGUGGAAUCUUUCUUUCGGCAUUCGCGCUGCAUGUCCAGCCCACUGUAGUCUGCCAUGUUUUAUCAGUUUUUCGACGUUUAGUACGUUUAUACGCUUUUUUAGAUUUCGGUUAUUUGAUACGGCUUAAUGCAUUAGUUUAACUGAGCCGUUGGUCUUUUAGCAUUUUCAAUAUGUAAAUAAAUAAAUAUGAACAAAUCGAAUUAAUUUAAAUGUCCAUUCAAUCGUGUCCACGAUUUGCUACUUUACUUAGAGAUUGAAGGUGUGCGUCGCGUCGACAAUUUCAGGUAAAAUCAGAAAGCGCGCCGGCGUGACGCCGGCGUUUUAUCUGAAAUCGGCGGCGCGGCGCACACCUCUACUAGAGAUCUCCUUUCUUGGUGGAGUUCGCAUAUUGCUACUAAGCGAUCAAUUAGUUCCCCCCCCCCCUCUCUAUCUGUGUUUCGACGUUGGCGGUAACGGCUGUUGAUCUGGAGAUAGCAGGCGAAGCACAGUGAUCAUAGAACUUUUUAAAAGCUUCUUGUGCUGGAGGAUCUCUGUACGAUUCUAACGCUUAAAGUUUAUUUCCGAUUUUCAUAUUCUAAUCUAUUUAUAACGGGUUUUAUGAAGCAUGUUCUAUCCUUGAGAAUUUUAUUUUCGGUCGCUCAUAUGUACACAUGAGAAUUGAUAUCGGCUCCUAUUUAGGAUUGAAAGUGCAGAUAACAAGCAAUAGGUUUGGUUACUCGCGUUCUUACAACACGAACGCCUUUGAAAAUAGCUGGGAUUUUUUUCCAAGUUUCAAACUUAUUAGAUUGACCCUUUCCGAAAUUUGAUAUGACGAAUGAUAGACCACAAGGAUCGAUCGUGUGGUCUAUCAUUCGUAGAAACGGGAAUCUUGAUUCUAAUAUGUUAUAUGUUAUGUUAUGUCAAUAGGAAUUUUUUUUGCUGUUAACAAACGGAGCGAUUUUUUGCAUCUGGUUUGAUUGAUCGGGAUGAGAAAGUAUACUGAGGAAGUUUAUACACUUGGCAAAGCUCGGGGCGAAUCCGUCACCUCUAUUGUGCCGCUAAGUAUCUAGUGCAGAAUUCUCUCAAACACACAAAGCACUCGAUAGUCUUGUCUCCGGCAACGACCACUUUUUUGGCUGUACAGAGCAACAAGGAGUAUCAGCGAUAUGGACCUUGCGGCUAACAUCGCUAUCACAUGCAACUUGUACUGCAAGUCAUGUGAACUCGUCGACAUCAUCGUACUGUAUUCCAUUCAUUUCCAUCUCAAAAGCAACACCUUCCAACUGCCUGUAAGUUUUUAUAGUCAGUAAGAUUCCCGUCUUGAAAGGCGCUUAACAUUUUUUUUUUAAAUUUGCAAAACAAUUCUCAGUUUUAAUAUUUUACUGGAGUCAAUCGCAGAACGGUGAAAGAAUCUUUAUAUGCGCAAUGCUGUUUCAGACUAAUAUUGUGUAGAAUAUCUCAAAAUAAUCUUUUUCGCAAUAUUAUUUUAAAACUUCAUUGCGCAUUUAAAGAUUCUUUCACCAUUCGGCGAUCGACUCCAAUCCAAUGAUGUCGUCCGUGAAGCCAAGAUAAUUCCAUUUUUGCACACCACAUUAUGGUCUCGUAUCUUUGAGCGCUAUAUUAAACAAGUUAGAAAGCGUAUUACAAUUCUUCAAUCCAUCUAUUACGAUGAGGAGAAAAUGGACCCAAUGGAUAUUCCACUAGGAUUCGGCUAGCUCGUUUUCCCUGUUCUUUUCAUUCCGUUGGCCGGUUUUUUAGGAUCUAAAGUCACUCCGGCAGCAUAGUCGGAUGUCUCUCCGGUUAUACUGACAUUUGAUUUUGAUCCAUCCAGCGUCAGCUUAAUCAGACCUGUGUCAUGUUUAAACAUAAAUCUCCCGGAAUUUAUUGUGUUUCACUGAAUCGUACACUGCUUUCAAAUCCCCUAACAAAUGAUGAGUUCGCAAGAUGAAUUCCUGAAAUUUAUCCAGGAUUUAUCACUGGGUAAACAACUGAUCCAUCCAGAUGUUGAGCAUCCUUUUCGAUUUGGAAUUCCGCUAAAAGGCACAGUCUGCUAAACAGAUCACACGAGAGAACCUUUGAGACGUUAAUGAAGUUUGUUAUCCACCGAUAAUUAUCACGCAGUGGAUUGCUUCGAACAGCCGGUCCGAAUUUUAGCAGUUCGAUUGGGAUUACGUUCUUCCCAACGGUCUUAGGUCCUUUUUUUAACUUUCGAAUAGCCUCAUCUGGGACAGUUUUUCCAACAUCAUUAAUCCUUAUUCCAAUUGGUCGGUGUUAAAUCAGACCGGACUAAGUAGCAAAACAUUAAAAAAUGGGAUAAUGAUAGCACUGGAUAAAGAAUUUCGUCAGCUACAUCCGACUUCUGGCAGAUUUGAAAUAUGUAACAAUAAACAAGAGUUGUGGCAAAAACUAAUUUCCAAUCAUAAUGUAAAGGAUGCUGCGAUUAAAACUUUAAACUCGUUUUUCUCGAAAUCAAUAUUUUGUCACUUAGUCCGCUCUGACUUAACACCGACCAAUUAUGCUUUCUCUAUUUGUUGGUCCGUUUACUAAUAACUCGGAGGGAUCCCUCGAUCUGUCAGCCGCUCUCGUGCGAUUUGUCUGAUUCCCGUACCGGUGGUGGACGUGUAACCGCUACAAGCAUUCAGUUUCUAGCUACUGUUUGGCACGCACUCGAACCACCCAUUCCGCUGCUGUCCGCGUGCAAUACCCAGUGGCUUGGUUGUUGUACUACCCUGCUGCCGCCUUCUAGUCGGCUGUCACGCUGCUUUAGGGUUAUCCCUAGUUUGUCGCUCUUCGUUUCGUUCGUCGAGCUGCUCGGCAUCAUCCUUAACCGACAUUCUCUGUAUACUCAGUCGCAUGGUUCUCGUACUAGAAUAGUACUGGAAAUUUUCUUCUAGCCACUAGGUGACCGGAUUGUGAAAAUAGCGCCCCGGGUAGUAGUCAGACAUGACGUUCGGUUAUCGGAAGGGUCUGGCUCAAUGGCUUCGGAGAAAUGUCGACCCUCUAUCAAAACAUGGUUGAUUUGGAAGUACGUUUUACUAUUCACGCCGGACAUUUCUCCAGGUGUGUUUCUGAAUAUAUUUUCUUGCAAAAUAGGGUCUACUAUGAUAAUCAUACUUUUGACUGCGGCAAAAUUGAUCAACUGUUUCAGUUGGUGGUUUAGUCGAAGCUCUCUUUUAAAAUAACUGAACAAGAAUGCUUCUCUUCCGACCAUUCACAUCAUUGGGUCUGUCGGCGCAUGUGCGUUGAUUAGGCUAUAGUUGAAGAACUUGCCGUAACUUGUAGAUAUGGUCACUAACCGAUCACCAUCUGACGAUCCGUCGCUGCUGCUUAUCACGCAUUAUCAAUCCCAUUCCAUGCUCUCCUUCUCGUUGUCACUGUACUGUAGGUACUUGAACGAGGUUCACCUAGUUGGGUUGAAUUUUUAUUCGUCCAGGCCGCCCCUUCGAACAUCCGGAAGGGCAGUAAUCUGCACUUGCACUUUUUGCAGCUCUCGAGCAAGCAAGGAUUCAACUAUCGAGCUCUCAAUUAGCUAUGUCCAUUGCUGAUUGCUCCAUUCUGUAUCUUUAUUUACAUUUAUCGGUGUUGUUUGCAGGGCCGUCGAAUGGUCUUUUGGCGCCCUUGGCGAAGUUUAAGUUUUGCGCCCCAUUGAUGUUAAGGUUCUAGUGAAACAUUUUUCAGCCUAUUUCGGGCAAAGCCAUCAAUAUAGAGCGCCAACAAAACACUAAACUUUUGUCCAAUUUUAAGGUCACUGCACAUUUGUCUGUAGUAUCAUUCGAAAGCAGGUGUAUGAAGGUAAUGGAUGGAGCAUUUUUUCGGGAGACUUUGUGAAAUGGAUUGAUGCUAGGUAGCUGAAGGCGACAAACGAAGGAGUGUCCCGGGAGACUGAACGUGCCGAUCGGUUUACUAAGCAGAAUACUUCAUUAGGGAAAUUCCGCCGUUGUUAUACAACAUUCCGAGAAAUUUAUGUGAAUAAACCGCUACAUGUAUUUACGAUCGUCGGAAACUUAUAGAUAUACCGAAUAAUCCAAAUUCCAAAAGAUUCGACCGAAGUUCCUUCGUUUUUGAUUGUCUCUAAUUUUAUGUAAAUGCCAGCCGCAAAUCAUGAAUUGUAUAUUAAUUAAAUCAGUUGACGUUAGUUGUUUGAAGGCGAUAAAGGGAGCAUCUGUUUAGGAGACUGUUUAUUAAAACCAGUAUACUGAGGAGACAUUUUUUUAGGAACUGAAACUUGGUUGGUAGAUUGUAGAUUAUGGUGAAUAUCAUUAGAUUUAGGGAAAAUUGCCAUUACAAGUGUCGUCACGAUAUGCCGUUUAUGUGGUUGACAUUACCUAACCGCCCUUGAUCUAUUACUGAGAAAGGUUUGUACACACUUUUCGUGCCAGUUGCUAAGAAAAUCGGUGACAUGACUAUCGAGUGAAGAUAGGUUUUCGGACUUGUCUUACAAUUUAUUAUAUCUCGUAAUUUCUGUCUUUUCCUUCGCUUUUCCUUAGUUACCGAUUUGUUUCGGGCUCUAGAAUAUAAGUAAACUUAUAUUCCUACCUGAUGGUAAAAUGAAUAUCGAAUAAGAUUCGUCAUCGAAGUUUAAAAUCAUACACAUUGAAUUCGGUCAGACCAUAUCUGAUCUUCUUUCGGAUCAAACAUAAUCCACUAAUUUUCUAAACAUUUCUGAUGCAGAAAUAUUCAGCGGUGACAGAUAUUUCGAUUUCGGCCAAAUAAGCUCUGAAUUAUAAUAUUUAGCCAAAAGCAAGCAAAUGACGUUACUUGCGACAAAUCAUUCGUAAAGGCCAACCGCGUCUACAUACUCGCGCGCAAAGUUGAGAUCGAUGGUGUGGUCACCGAUUCAAGGUUGUCUUAAGUGUACCUGAUGAAGCAUGGGGUUGGCUGUUUCAUUGUUCCAGUAGACGGGUCGGGUUAAAAUAGUUUGCCACUUAACCUUCCGGCAGUUGCGCUAGUGCACUGAGUGCACGCUGCUCUGAUAAUCUAGCGAAAUCGUCUUAGGGCACCAGUGGCUGCUCGUUCAGUGGGCCAUAAGCGCGACUUCCGGAGGGUUUAAACUCGUAUCGGGUGAGCUUUUGCGAGACUUCUUUGCUUUUAAUAAUUUAUUUUUCUUCAAGGAUCGUCUGCUUGAAUCGCGCAUCGUGCAUUGCGGCAUUGAACUAAAUACAAUCAAAUGGGUCACUGCUGAAAAGUGUGAUUAGUGGUGGGUUCCAUGAUGUCUCACCAAGCCCGCGUACAAAUAGCGUUCGACAGAUCUACCGUUCCCUUGGAAGACUUUUCUUUGGCAGAAAUACUAAAAAUACUACGCAACUCACCACAACAAAUCAUUAUACUCUCUUGGCUCAGGAAUAAUGUGCCUAUGACGAUGGCCAUGUGGGGACGUCUGUUACUGCUCUUAAAAACUAUAUGACCUUUGGUGGAGUCUCAGUUAUACACCCUUUGGCUUUAUUAUUCAGUUCGACUUUCUAAUAAUAAUUAAUGUGUACCUGGAACUGGUACAGUGCAAAUUCUUUGGUUGGGCCACGACUGCGCCAACCAGCGAAUCGUAUCCGGUAAUUGGAGCAACUGGCAAAAAUUACACGAGGUAAACGCUGAUUGUUUUCUUUCGAUAAAAAAAAACAAGUUGGCUGUUUCAUCCCAGUUUAAAGUUGAUUUGUGUGAUAAAGUAUGUAGUGCUUUUUGCGAUUAAUUACUUUUUUGAAUAGUUGCUUCACAUAAAACAGGAUGGAUACGCCGCCGGAAAAAAGCCAAUCAAGCGCAAGCAUACUACGUUACCAUUAGCUAAAAAUCAUUUGAGAAUAUGAUUGAAUACAUCAGAGAUGACCCACAAAAAGUUAUCAAGUAACUCACAACGACAUAAACUAAUUGAUGCUGAAUGGCAGAAGCGCAGCAUCUAACACAUUUAUGUCAUUAAAAAUAUUCCGGAAUAUGGAUGCUACAAAAUAAAAUUCCAUUAGAUUUCAAAGUAUGUUUUUUAAUAGAUCGCCACAGAAAUCAACCAAUGAGCCCCUUGAAAUCGAUGACUUUCAAACGUCAAUCACUUUUUGACUUUCAGCGGACACCCAACUAACGAACACCCCAACUAGUGAACUCCCAAUUAACGAAUUUGCGCUGUACUCUUAUCAAGAGUAAUUUUAUUUAUUAUCUUUACUUAUAUUAUAAAGCAGAUCAAGAUUUCAGCGCCCUCCUCAGGUGGGCGCCCUUGGCGGAGAUCAACCCUGCCAACUGCACGCUACGGGUCUGGCUGUUUGUUGAAGAUUCGGCAUGCCGCCUUAGUAGGACUACGAUACAUAGUCUCAUGAAGGGGUAGCCAUCUUGAAUGUAGCUGACCAGACACCACAUUUGGAGACUUUUUUUUCGUUACGUCCAUCUGCAAAUGAGAGCCCUCUUUGUUCGCUUUCGAUUAUUACUGCAAAAUCACAUAAUUUUUCGAACAUUUAUCAGUAUGUUUCCAAAGACCAAGGUUUUUACCAGCUUAUUUCGCAAACAGUUGAGGGUAAAUCAGAAAGGUCCGUCUCUAUUGUAGAUUGGACCUAUUGAAAAAAACAGCCUCCAAAUGUGGUGUCUCGUCAAUUUUAUUCAUCUGCCACCCAUUUCGGAAUAGACGCUGUUUUGAGUCUCUCCUAACAUGAAGAAUGGAUCUUUGAUACACUCCUUUCCUGUCAGCAUACGACCGAAGAACUCAGUGAGUUUGGUUAGCUCCCAAUAAAAGUUUUGCUUGAAAUGAUUAGAUUAACUGAACGUAAAUUUUGGAUGCAGAAAUUGAAUUUGCGCUUUACGCCUGGAAAAAUAAAAAAUCGCUCCACAGUAAAAACGGAAAAGUCGAGGUUAUAGUACUGACUAACAGACAUAACACUCAAAAACAAAACUUCGUCCGCUUAAACGGUCAUUUCAAAUAUAUGUGUAGUUGGGACUGUGGCCACAUAGAAAUUAUGGUGCCACUGACAUAUGAACAAGCAUAUGGGGGACAGACCACUAGUGAAAAAUUGUUCCCAAACCUGAGGGGUAACCCACCAGUAAAUGAGUGUUUGGGACUGUGAAUAAAAGGGGGAGCUAGUGUUCUGGGAAAAUUGUCGGAUCGAUGUUUUUUGAGGGAAUUUCCUCAUAGUGUUUUGUCUGUUAGUCUGUGGUUAUAGUGUCCACAAAAGAAAAACUAAGAGUCGUUGUUUCUAUUCCUUCUAUGGUGAUCUUUUCUUUACUGGUUUCCAGAAAUCAGAAAUAGAAAGCAAAUUGAAAUUUUGAUUAAUGGUCAUCAAUCCAAUUUCAGCAUAAAAAGAAUGAAGUACUGAUGACGUGUAUGAGUUUAGUCGAGACAAAAAAAUAUGCAUAACCAACACAACCUACAAUCUGCCGUUGAAUGCAGUAACGUUAGUCAAGAUUCCCGUGAAGAUUAACGAUGACAAAACCAAGGUGCGACCUCACAAUCUAGCGCAAUAUCCUAAAUCAGGAUCCAUUACACGAAACGAUUUGUUACAAUACGUUGAAGUGAAUGCAGUGACGUUUGAAACUAGGAGAAACUUCUUCCCACAUAUUGCCAACGAAGUUCGUGUGGUGAAAAUGGUAUCAGUUUGACCUACUUUUUCCAACAAUUUCACCAAAGUCUUCAAAAUUUCAAUGAAAAGCGUUUUCAUAUUAUUUUCUAAAUUUCAUGUGGUUUAUUUGAAAUGUCAGAUUAUUAUCGUUGUCAUUAUAUAAGGAACAUUUUACUGCUCUUUUGUGGUCAUGCGUCCUAAAAGAUCUUUUGCACAGUCGCUGAAUCAAACCGAUGAUCCACCAAUAUUUCCCUUUUAUCUUAGUUAUCUUAUGAUUGAAAGAGGUCGACGCCAAUAAUGCAGACUUUUUUUUUCCAAGAUUGAGACACCAUUCUAAAUAUUCCAGCAUUUUCAAAAUGCGUCAAAUACUUAAUUUAUUUUGAAGUCCUCUUUGUAUCACUACGGACUGGUCUUGUCGCUCUUUGGAUAAACCACUCUUCUUGGUCAGUUUUUUAAUGAACUCCAUCAAUUCAUUCGAAGUUGCCCAGUAACCAUCUUCUGUUGUGCUACGCAAAGCGUCGUAGCGCAAAACCUAGGGAUCAUACAUCCACAGUAAUUUAAUAGUGCAUAAGCGAAUAGCAAGCAACCCGCUCGAAAUGGAAACCAAAAAUACAAUGAAACCCAAUCUGCAGUAGCUGUAGUAUUGUGACUUUAGUGUGACACGGUAGUUGUGAAACGAAUCUCGCUUGCCUCGUAGGAAAAAAAUGUAGUAUUUAGGGGGUCCUAAAAAGUGAAUCUACCUUAGGUGAUAUCGUUUCAAUCGAAAUGGCAAAAUGUCAAGUGAGAGGACAGAAAAUAGAGACCUAAAGGUUCCAGCGGAACCACUUAGUAAUUGUUACACUAGUGAGAGCUAUAUUUGAAAUUCAAAUCAAUUGUUUGAUACGGCGAGAUUAUUUAUACAGACGAAAAAUAAAAUCAAUGUCAAACAGAAAUAUAUAAAACAUUACAAUAUUGAAUACUGUAUACCGUAUUUGUCAAUAAAGUUUCAUAUAGAUUUAAAGUUUCCAGUCA